AUGGCUGAGUACGCUGAAGACGUUGAAUAAAGCGAUGGACCUAUGUUGAUCGCCAAAUUGGAAGAACAUGGUAUUAAUAAUGCAGAUGUUAAAAAACUCAUAGAUGCUGGUUUCCAAACUGUUGAAUCCAUUUCUUACACUGCUAAGAAAAAUCUCUUGCAAAUUAAGGGUAUGACUGAAGCAAAAAUCGAUAAAAUCCUUGAUGUUGCUGCCAAAUUAGUUCCUAAUGAUUUCUAAACUGCAGCUGAAUACUAUGUAAAGAGACAAAGUGUCAUCAAUCUUACUACAGGCUCAACUGAAUUAGACAAACUUCUUGGUGGUGGUUUUGAAACAGGCUCUCUCACUGAAAUUUUUGGUGAAUUCAGAACAGGUAAAACUUAAAUUUGUCAUACUUUGUGUAUCACCUGCUAAUUACCCAAGGAAAAGGGUGGUGGUGAAGGUAAGGCUAUGUAUAUUGAUACUGAAGGUACUUUCAGACCUGAAAGACUUGAAUCAAUUGCUGAAAGAUUCGGAUUAGAUCCUCAAGAAUGUAUGGAAAACGUAGCUUAUGCUAGAGCCUUCAACUGUGAUCAAUAAAAUAAACUCUUAGUCCAGGCUGCUGCUUUGAUGGCUGAAAGUAAAUACGCUUUGCUUAUUGUUGAUUCAGCCACUGCUCUUUACAGAACUGAUUAUAGUGGUAGAGGUGAAUUGUCAGUCAGACAAAAUCACUUGGGUAAAUUCUUGAGAAACUUAUAAAGACUUGCUGACGAAUUCGGUAUUGCUGUAGUUAUUACCAACCAAGUUAUGUCCUAAGUCGAUGGUGCAGCUAUGUUCGCUGGUGAUAUGAAGAAACCUAUUGGUGGUAAUAUUAUGGCUCACGCUUCUACUACCAGACUUUAUCUCAGAAAAGGUAGAGGAGAGUCUCGUAUUUGCAAAAUUUACGAUUCUCCAUGUCUUCCUGAAUCAGAAGCUAUCUACGCUAUUGGUAAGGGUGGUAUUGAAGACUUCAACGAGUGA